CAGCUAUCCAAAGAAGAUGAGGCUGCAACCGGCAGCGACGAGAUUGAGGUCCGGAGAGAGGACCAAGACAAGAUCAACAAAUUCAGUCGACUGCACCAACGAGAGAUUGGCCUUGAAGACGAGUUGAAGCUGAAACAUGUUCGUCUACAUAUCCUCUACCUACGAAAAGAGAAAGAAGACCUUGACGAUAUCUCGAGCGAGCUAGAGCUCGCAGACGAAGACGACAAGAUCCCUUACAGAGUUGGCGACUCUUUCAUCUCCUUACCCCUGCCCGAAGCCCAAGAAAUGCUGUCGACCAACACAACCAAGAUAGAAGAAGAAGUCUCGGUGCUGGAGGGGAAGAUUGCCACAGUUAGAGAGGAAAUGUCAGAAUUGAAAGUCGAACUUUAUGCAAGAUUUGGCCGGAGCAUCAACUUGGAGACAUAG